AUGGUAAUUAAAAAGACAACAAAAAAAUAAAGAGUGUUACGUACAUCUUAAGGAGUUCUAAAAUAAUCAAAUAAAAAAGUUGGUUUUAUCAGUACCAAUGCAUUAACAUAAUAACCAGGAAAGCUUUUAAGAAGACUUGGAGAAAAAAAGAAAGGAAUGAGAGAAUUAAGAAAAAUCAAACGAGAAACUUAAAAAUAAACAAGAAAACCAAAAAAUAAGUAAUAAGAAUAACUUGAAGAAUAAGAUGAUGUACUUGAAUUACCAAAUACAUUUAUAAUUGAUUCAUUAAAAAUAUCACCUGAAGAUGAAUAAAUAUUAUCAUAAUUUAUGGUUGGAAAUGAUAUUAAAACUAAUUAAAUUAUAGAAGAUUUUUAAAAAGGAUUAUAAGAUGAUGAAAAUAAAAAACAUCAUGAAAAUAUUAUGAAUAAUCCAAAAGUAGUAUGUGUAUAUGAAAAGUAUAAAAAUUAUAAUUAAAUCUAGUGUUGCAGAAUUAAUGAAAACAUAUAGAUCAGGUAAAUUACCAUAACCAUUCCAUCUCAUACCAAAAUUAGAACAUUGGAAAUAAGUAUUUGAGUUAACUAAACCAAAAGAAUGGUCUCCUUAAGCUAUCUUUGCAGCUACUAAAAUAUUUUCAUCUGCUUUAGAUAGAUAACAAACUGAAUAUUUAUAUUCCACUAUAAUAUUACCUGCAGUCAGAUUAAGUAUUUAAGAAGAUAAAAGAUUAAAUGUUCAUUUAUAUAAUGCAUUAAUUAAAGCUAUGUAUAAACCAUAAGCAUGGUUUAGAUCAAUAUUAUUUCCAUUGUGUUUAGAAAAAGAUUUUACAUUAAAAGAAGCAUAAAUUAUAGGUAGUGUUAUACAUAAAGUAAUAAUUAUUAAUUUGAUAUUAUUUAGUUACAUAUUCCACCUAUUCAUGGUUCAAUAGCUAUUUUUAAAGUAGCUUAAUUAGAUUUUACAGGACCUGUUGCUGUUAUAUUGAAAGUUUUAAUUGAAAAGAAGUUUUCUCUUCCAGAAAGAGUAUUAAUUAAUUAUAUAUAUUUUAGGCAUUAGAUGAAGUUAUUAAAUAUUUUAUGAGAUAUGAAAAUGAUUCAAGAGAAAUGCCAGUUAUUUGGCAUUAAAUGAUUUUGAGAGUCUGUGAAUUGUAUUAACUUAAAUAAGAUCAUAAAGAUUAAUUAAAAAGAUUAAUUAGUAAAAAGAAACAUCAUUUAAUUACAAAGGAAAUAUCAAAAUAAUUAAUAAAAGGAACUAAAAUGGAUGUAGAAAAAUGAUU